GCCUAGGCACAUUGCGAUGCCCUGUUAGAGAUUGCGACAGUAGGCCAUUCAGCUAUACGUGUUGCGAGGCAGAAUAACACACUGCUCUAACUAUACGAAUCAGAAUCCGCGUUCCAAUACAUCACCAACAGGCAUAGCCAGCUUUCAAGUAGUAGAUCUGGCGGGAUUCACUCACUAACAGCCAUGUGCUCUGGAUGUGGAUUUUCAUUGCACAGGACGUACAUAGGUGAAGGCAAGCUUCACAAACUCGCUUCAUUUUUUCCCGAGUUACUGCAUGGAAAGCUGACUUGUACAUUAAUUGCCACCACGUAUCGAAGUACUGGGCAGCAUGGACGUCCAGUACCCCGGAUUGCGCGUACGUACACCGCUUCGGCGCUUACCCUUGACGCAACCCCGCCAAAGCCACUCGGCAGAAAAAAAAAAGGGACAGACAGCCUUGCCGUUCUUGCCUCGCCUUGCAGUCGAAUAGGCGUGGAACGAUCACCAACAAUCGCAUGACUCUUCGGCUGUCCCGCAUUGCGCCUAUCCGCACAUUCUCUCUUCGUCGACCCCGAACCCUCCAUCUCCGCAGCACAAUGUCGACACCACCCGUCGACACCAGGCCCAUCGUCCUGUCUGGCCCUUCCGGUGUUGGCAAGGGCACUCUAUACGAGCUCCUCUUCCGGCGGCAUCCCGACUGCUUCACUCUGUCUGUCUCGCACACCACCAGGGCGCCCCGCAAUGGCGAGCAGGAUGGCGUGAACUACCACUUCGUCACGAUGCAGGACUUUGAGGACCUCAUCGCGAAAGACGGGUUUGUCGAGCACGCCAAAUUCGGAGGCAACCGUUACGGUACCAGCAAACAAACCAUUGAGGAGCAGGAGAGGAAAGGCAAGGUCGUGCUGCUCGACAUUGAAAUGGAGGGCGUCAAACAAAUCAAGCAGUCUGGGAUUGACGCUAGAUACAUCUUCAUCUCCCCUCCGGAACCUGCGUUGGAGACUCUAGAACAGAGGUUGCGCGGACGCCAGACCGAAACCGAGGAAAGCCUCCAGAAGAGGCUGAAUCAAGCAAAGAAAGAGCUGGAAUUCUCAAAGGUUUCUGGCGUACAUGACACCAUUAUCGUGAACGACGACUUGGAGGCCGCCUACAAAAAAUUGGAGGACUUCAUUUACAAACCAGCAGCCUAAAGGAGGAUAAGAGUACAUCAUCGUCGCGGCAAAUGAGCGUUCAUGUAGUAGAGACCACGUUGGACCGAACACCAAUAAAG